CGCGCAGGGGGGGGCUGGACAGUGAGCAUCGCCGUGUGACAAAGUUCGCUCGGGAUUUUCCAGCACAUAAGGGGACUCGGAGAGAGAAAGAACAGAGAGAAAAGCAUGGCUAACAACGCGCAGCAGCCUCCCUACCUUCACCUGGCCGAGCUCACGGCCUCCCAGUUCCUCGACAUUUGGAAGCACUUCGACACUGACGGUAAUGGCUACAUUGAGGGUAAGGAGCUUGAGAACUUCUUCAGAGAGCUGGAAGUGGCACGGAGAGGAGCAGGUGUGGACCCAACAAAUGUAUCCUUCAGAGAGAAGAUGAAAGACUUCAUGCAGAAAUUUGACAAGAACAAAGACGGCAGGAUUGAGAUGUCAGAGCUGGCCCAGAUUCUGCCAACAGAAGAGAACUUCUUGCUUUGCUUCAGACAAUUUGUGGGCUCCAGCUCUGAGUUCAUGGCGGCCUGGCGAAGGUAUGAUACAGACCGCAGUGGCUACAUUGAAGCAAAUGAAUUGAAGGGGUUUCUCUCAGACCUGCUGAAAAAGGCUAACAGACAUUAUGAUGACAAGAAACUGCAGGAAUACACACAGACCAUUCUCAAGAUGUUUGAUCUGAAUGGGGAUGGAAAGCUGGGUCUCUCUGAGAUGGCAAGGCUUCUACCAGUUCAGGAAAAUUUCUUAUUGAAAUUCCAGGGCAUCAAACUGACUGCUGAGCAGUUCAACGCCAUCUUUACAUACUAUGACAAGGAUGGAAAUGGCUACAUUGAUGAGCAGGAGCUGGAUGCCCUUUUGAGGGACCUCUACGAGAAGAACAAAAAGGAGGUGGACACUAAGGACCUCACUGGCUACAAGAAGAGCAUCAUGGCCUUGUCAGAUGGGGGUAAACUGUACCGCUCUGAGCUGGAGAUCGUGCUGUGCCGGGAGCCCAUGCUGUGAAUUUAGGAUUCCCUUCGUCUCAUUUCACCUCUCUCAGCUGCCUGACUACUGUAACCAUGUGCAUGUGCUGGGCACCCCCCCAUCUUAUCCUUUACAUGCGUUUUGAAUGAAUGUGCACAGCAAAGCACAAAAAAGCCCUGCCCGCCCUGCCCCUGUCCACCUCCCCAUAUCCCCACCGCCCCAAGUACAGACCGUUUCAGCUACGGUGUUGCCCUGCGCUCCGUUUUUAAACUAUACAUUUAAAUGAAGAAUUGAAUGAACCAUAAUGAUACGAGAUUUUAAAUGGUAUAAAUAAGAGUAUGAUCCAAUUAUAAAUUUAUUUAUUUAUCUAUUUAUUUAUUUAUUUAUUUAUUCACUCAUUAAUAAUAGUUUUUUUUUUAUUAUUUAGGUCAUUGGUUUUAAGCUAUGCCCUCUGGGUUGUUUUUCUUACACUUUGUCAGGUUUUUCUUCUUCCUCGGUUUGAUCCCUUCCCCAGUCAUUAUUUUACUUUUGAAUUGCUCUGUUUCAGGUUGUGUCUUUCUGUUCUUUUUGGCUGAUACUGUUAUAGGAUGUUACUGAGAGCAUUAAUAAAAGAUAUCUGGAGAAUGGAUGUAUAA